ACAGCUUGGAGAAGCAUAGCUUGGACCAUCUUCUCCAAUAUGGCUUCCUCUAGCCACAUCCUCCUCUUCGCCCAUGAGCACACAGACUUGCUCAGGGCGGUACACGACUUGAGCGUGCGAGCCAGGAAUCACCCGCAGCUCCAAACCCUACUGAACGAAGCGUCGACUGUUAUACAAAGAGAGGCUACUGCCUUGUCCGGCGUCGACAGUGCUAGAAUUGGCGGAUUUGAGGAUCUCGUAGAGCUCGCCGAGCGACAUGUUGGCAGGCCCAGUGUGGUGGCUGAAAUUGUCCUGUUGACAACCAUUCAGAUUGGCCAGCUCCUGAUGUUUGCAGAGGAUCACACUUCUAUCUUAUCAGACAAACGGAUAGACAAAUUGUCCUCCGUUGGAUUCGGAAUUGGAUUGAUUGCGGCAGCAGUUGCUUCGACAGCGACAACUACGAGCGAGGUUCUCACAUUGGGCUUGGAGGGCGUUGCUGUUGCCUUCCGCCUAGCCGUUGCCUUGGAACGAACAAGCAGGGACAUUGAAGUUUCCGAGGGAACAUGGGCACGCAUAGUCUCGGGUGUUGACGAGAAAGAGCUCGAGGAGCAACUGGAAAAGAUCAAUUCCACACUACGACCACUCAAACGCGCAUAUAUCGGCCAAGUCUUGCCUGAGGGUAUAGUCGUCGCCGGGCCGCCCUCAACCCUCGACAUCCUUUCACUGAGCACUCAAGCCGUAACAUCCUCCGCCUCGGCUCGAUGCCUCAUGUUCGGCUCCCAUCUUCCACCAGUUGACGACGCCCAAAUAGUGGGCACUUCUCCAGCGCUUAAUACACUCACCGUGCAGAGGCCGCAAUACUCGGCGCACUCUGUUGCCGACUCUCUCCCCGCCGAAACUUUUGGUGAAACAUUGCGCCUCGCUGUGGCGGGCAUUAGACACAAACCGGCUCGUGUCGAGGACGCAUUCCGAGCAGUAGCCGCAGUGCUUCUAGGAAAGGACAACGAAGAUGUCGUCCUCACAACAGUUGGCUCGACCUGGGAUAUAUCCAAGGUGCGCACCAUUUUGGAGCAACACGGCCAAAGCGUCUCAGCCGGCGAGUAUGAGCCAACCCCCAUGCCUUUUGGCAACGACAUCGGUAGUGUUCCUCGACAUGAAAUCGCCGUUGUGGGAAUGUCGGGACGCUUCCCUGAGAGCGACACGCUAGAUGAGCUCUGGGAGCUGCUUGAGUCUGGAACGACGGCACACAAGGAGAUUCCUUCCACGCGCUUCAACGUCGACGACUUUUACGACCCAACUCGUCGUACUCACAACGCCCUCCUUGCCCGCCAUGGAUGCUUCAUCAAGACGCCAGGAGCCUUUGACCAUCGGCUGUUUAACAUAUCGCCCAAAGAGGCUCUUCAGAUGGACCCGGUCCAACGCAUGCUUCUCAUGACGACAUAUGAGGCCCUAGAGAUGGCCGGUUACUCGCCCUCCGAGAACAAGAAAGACCCGCCCCGCAUUGCCACUUACUUUGGCCAGACAGUUGAUGACUGGAAGACGAUCAAUGAGCAGCAGGGCAUCGACACGCACUUUCUGCCGGCUGUCAACCGCAGUUUCGCUCCGGGUCGCAUUGGACACUACUUCCAAUGGGCAGGCGGUUUUUACAGCAUCGACACCGGCUGCUCCUCGAGCGCCACAGCUCUCUGUCUAGCACGCGAGGCCCUCGCCUCGGGUGAAUGCGAUGCUGCAGUGGUGGGUGGUGGCACGCUUCUCAACGCCCCCGAGUGGUUUGCUGGCUUGAGCCAGGGAGGAUUCCUUUCGCCUACAGGUGCCUGCAAGACGUACUCAGAUGCCGCAGAUGGCUACUGUAGAGGCGAGGGCGUCGCUGUUAUCGUGCUCAAGCGCAUGGAUGACGCUGUUAGAUCCAAGGACAACAUCCUUGCCGUUGUGGCUGGUGCAUCCCGCAACUGCAAUGCCGGCGCCGGAUCCAUCACGUAUCCUGGCGAGGAAGCGCAAGCAUCUCUAUACCGCCGUGUGCUGCGCCAGGCCGCAGUGCGCCCAGAAGACGUCAGUGCCAUCGAAAUGCACGGCACAGGGACGCAAGCUGGUGACAAGGUCGAGAUGCAGGCGUUACAGAGCGUCUUUGCGCCCCCUGGUGGGCCCCGUCGUGAACAGCCACUUAUUGUUGGCGCCAUCAAGGCUAACGUAGGCCACAGCGAGGCCGCAGCUGGCGUCGUCUCAUUGAUCAAGACGAUCCUCAUGAUGCAACGCAACAGAAUUCCCCCUCAGCCCGGCCAGCCAUUUACCCUUAAUCCGUACCUGAAGCCUAUCCUUGGCACUGAUAUCCAACUUGCCAACGGCCAGGCCUGGACGCGCAAUGGAACAACCCCUCGUUAUAUCCUAGUUAACAACUUCGAUGCCGCCGGCGGCAACGCGAGCUUGUUGCUGCACGACGCGCCAUCCUUCGCCGUGGAACCGCCUGCGUUGCAGCCCGAUGUGCGAUCGCACCAUGUUGUUGUCACAUCUGGCCGCACUGUAGCAUCCCAAGAAGCCAACAAGAGCCGUCUCCUUGAGUAUUUGACGCAGCACCCAGAGACGCCACUGGCCGACCUUGCCUACACAACGACGGCUCGUCGCAUGCACCACGUAAACCGAGAAGCUUACGUAGCCCAGUCUACGGAGGAUCUCCUGCGCCAGUUGCAGCCUUCAGCGGCUAAGGACGAGACCAAGCAGUCGGCAUCAUCAGUUGUCUUCGCCUUCACAGGCCAGGGUAGCCAGCAUAUGGGCAUGGGCGGUAUGCUAUACCGCACAUCACCCACAUUCAAACGCCUUCUUGAUUCAUAUCAGAACCUCUGCGACGCUCAGGGUCUAAACUGCCAGUUUAUCGACGUGAUCCGUGCGUCGGGACAAGAUACCGUCUCGCAGACUGCCGAGCGCGAUAUGCAGGUUGCCACCGUCGCUCUCGAGAUUGCCCUCUCCGAAUACUGGGUGUCACUCGGCGUGCGCCCGACACUGCUCGUCGGACACAGCCUAGGUGAGUACGCAGCGCUCUGUGUUGCAGGAGUGCUGUCCGUGGGAGAUGCACUCUCCAUGGCGUGUGAGCGUGCGGAACUCAUCUUCACUAAAUGCGCACCAGCCGAGGCUGGUAUGUUGGCCGUCGGACUUCCCCUGACCACCGUCCAAUAUCGCCUGCGUGAUUUGGCUACCACAGCUGGAUGCGAGGUAACUUGUGUCAAUGCACCCUCGAGCACUGUCGUUGGUGGUCCCGUCGCCGCCAUUGAUGCAUUGGAAGCCUAUCUUAAGUCGGACGAUGCAAGCGUCGCCAUUGCUCGCCUGCGCGUCCAGUUCGCAUUCCACACCCGCCAAAUGGAUCCUCUGCUGGAUGAACUCGAAUCGGCUGCCGAGCGUGUUACCUUUAAAGCACCCACUAUUGCAGUGGCAUCUACUUUACUUGGUCGUAUUGUGAAGCCCGGCGAAGAUGGGGUCUUUAACGCGCAAUACCUGCGCAGACACACUCGCGAGCCAGUUGCUUUCCUUGACGCGGUACGUGCAUGCGAGGAACAAGGGCUCAUCCAAGAACAGUCAUUUGUUGUUGAAAUUGGGCCUCACCCAGUCUGCAUCGGCCUGUUGUCCUCAUCACUCCAGAAGGUGAGCCUUACAGGGUAUCCCAGCCUGCGCCGCGGGCGCGACGACUGGGCGACCAUCUCUCAGUCCGUUGCCGCCGCAUAUCGCGCACAGCUUCCUGUGUCUUGGACAGAAUUCCACAAGGAUCAUCUCGAUAACCUCCGCAUGGUAACCGAUCUUCCCACGUAUGCAUUCGACAACAAGGAGUUUUGGCAUUCGUACAAGACAAGGGCGGUGCCUGACAAUGCUUCUGGCGCAGUCUCGCGUGCCUCAACCUCAGGGGUAUCUCGGUUGUCCUCUACAUCGCUGCAUACUGUCGAACAGUUCCGCAAGGAAGAGUCCCGGCUACUUGCGACAUUUGGUGUAGACCUAUCCGACCAAAACCUCGCCAAAGCUAUCGGCGGCCAUGUUGUCGACGGCGUGGCCAUUUGCCCGGCGAGUAUCUUCAUGGACAUGGCUUACACCGCGGCCGCAUACCUUGACAGAGAGAGUCGCAAUUCUGCAACGGGCUCAUCCUUGUCAACAUACGAGCUGGCAGACUUGAGCAUGCUCUCUCCACUUGUACUCCGCGAGCACGACACCGUGCUGCCACAGGUCUAUGUGGAGGGGGUCCUUGACCAAUCAACAGAUGUCGUCUCAGUUCGAUUCCUAUCCCGCAAAGAGGGGGUUGCUACCCCAGUCGAGUACGGGUCCUGCUUGAUUCGUCUGAACCAGCCCGAUACGCCCAUCACCCAAGCAUGGUCUCGAAUGCAGCCGCUGAUAAAGGCACGCGUACGCAGUCUCGAUGAGUUGGUGCGCCCUAGACAAGUUCAUGCGAUGGACAAGACACUAUUCUACAAGGUGUUCUCCGAAAUCGUCGAUUACUCGGCUCCUUUCCAUGCUGUUGAGGAGGCUACCGUGGCCGCAGAUUUCCAAGACGCCGUCAUGACCCUCGAUGUAGCCUCGAAGUCUGAGCUGGGCACCUUUACUUGCAACCCGUUUGCCAUUGAUGCCCUUGUUCAUAUUGCUGGUUUCCUGCUCAAUGCUGACGUGCAUAAGCCCAAGAAUGAGGUCCACAUCGCUAAUCACAUUGGAUCAUUGCGCGUUCUGGGUGAUCUUUCAUCGAACGGGCCAUUCCGUGCCUACACCACCGUUCGUGAGCAAGAUGCCAAAACCGGUACAAGCUUGUGCGAUGUGUAUCUCACCAAUGCCCAGAACAAGCUUGUGGCGCUCUGCACAGACAUUUGCUUCAAGAAACUCGAACGAGACUUCUUCGCAAUGCUGACGGGCUCAGCUCGCACAUUCCCCAAGAAGCCGCGCACACCGCAGGCCAUCCCAAGGCGUGAGUGGCAGGCGGCGACGGGUGCAACUAGCUCAGACACCAGCCCUUCAGCCACACCCACAUCUGAGUUUUCGUCAUCGUCGCGGAACAGCAUGUCAGACGUGGUGGAUCUUGCUGCAGACCUGCUUGCCAUCGUUGCAGAGCAGUGUGGCAUGAGUGUGGCCGAAUUGGACAAGACAAAGGGUACUGCAUUCACAGAGUUGGGUGUCGAUUCGCAGAUGAGCAUCAGCAUUCUGGGUGACUUCCAGAGAGCCACGGCCGUCGAGCUGCCAGCUGCCUUCUUCACAAAUUUCCCAACGCCAGCCGACGUACGUAAGGAGUUGGGCAGUGAGCAGGUGGAAGAGGUAAGAAAACCAGAGAAGAAGGUCAGAACCGCAUCCCAGCCUCCGCCAAAACGCAAGAGCAGCGAGAAGCGCAGCCCAGCACCUCUGGGCCCUAGCACUCAUCUGCUAAGUCUUGUUGCCGAUGCGCUAGGCCUUGAGGCUAGCGAUAUCACACCUUCGACUACCUUCGAAUCUAUGGGCAUGGAUUCAAUGUUGAGCAUCAGGAUCACAUCGACAUUCCAGGAGGAUACCGGAAUUGAGUUGGCAGCUGCUUUCUUCUCGGACUAUCCGACAGUGGCGGCCGCACGUAAGGAAUUGGAUGGAUCGAUGGACGCGACACCGCAGGAGGAACCAUCGACGAGUUCGUCUUCGCAUCUUCCCGCCGUUUCUGCGGCCAAGACAGUGAACUCCGCCGAGUCCGCACGCCAGGACAAGCUUGACAAUGCCGUCUCUCGGGCAGUCCUGAUCCAGGGACAGUCGCGCUCCAAAGAUGCUCCGUUGUUCAUGACCACUGACGGUUCAGGAACGGUUGAGUCUUAUAUCCAUCUGAGCGCACUUCCUGAGGGCCGCCGCAUCUAUGCGCUUGAGUCGCCGUUCUUGGCGAGCCCAGAGACGUUCGACCUGUCGAUUCAGGAAAUGGCUACCAUCUUCAUCCGAACUAUCCGCAGGAUCCAACCUCAAGGGCCAUACCUGAUUGGCGGCUGGUCAGCGGGGUCCAUGUAUGCCUAUGAGGUUGCCCAUCGCCUCACCAUGCAGGGCGAAUCCAUCCUGGCGCUUGUCAUCCUUGACAUGCGCGCCCCUUCCCUCAUCCCGACCAGCAUCGUCACUACGGACUUUGUCGAUAAGCUCGGCACGUUUGAGGGCAUCAACCGCGCCCGCGAUCUCCCCGAAGAUCUGUCUGUCAAGGAGAGGGCUCAUCUAAUGGCCACAUGCCGCGCCUUAUCCCGUUACGACGCGCCAAAAUUUCCCAAGGAUCGCCAGCCGCGCCAAGUUUCUGUCGUCUGGGCGAAGCUCGGGCUAGACAACCGCCCAGAUGCGCCCGUCGCUGCCAUGUGUCGCCCCGGUGUCGAAAUCGGCAAGAAACUAAAUGAAAUGGUGCUACCAGAGUUUGAGGUUUACUUCAAUUCGUGGUUCUAUGGUCGGCGCCAAACAUUCGGUACGAAUGGAUGGGAGGACCUUCUUGGGGAUCACAUUUCCGUGCAUGUUGUUGAUGGAGAUCAUUUCUCUAUGAUGUGUCCGCCAUUUGCCGCAGCCGUUGGGACGGUCGUGUGUGAUACAGUGGCGCAGGCGGUGGCUGAAUAUUGAAUAGACGCGUAAAUGAGCACCUCUGAUUUUGGAUGAGUGAUGCGAAGCCUGGAGCUUAGAAUUUGAAGAUUAGAAAUUGUCUUUUUUGUUAUUUAUUACAUGUUACUGGUUUUCUUUGUUAUCCUAUUUGUUAUCUUAUUAUCUCAUAUAUAUUUUGGAAUUUUUAGAAGAAUCUUAUAUACUAUUAUUG